UUGGUCGAGACGUUUUUCAGUCAUGUCUUCACUCACUCCAAACUCUCAAGGCUAGAUGUAAGGAGUUGGAUUUGGAAGAAGAGUAUAAGAAGUAUCAGGUCCGCCUGAUGAUCAGUUACCUGAGCGUUUUCUAUCCCUUGUUUAUAAUAGUAGUCGUCGGCCUUCAAGUAGUCGCAUGGUCUUGCGCCGAGUAUACCAAAUUCACCCACCUGGAUUCGAUUAUGGCCGGGAUAACAUUACUUCUAGUUACUGGUAUUAUGGGUAUAAAUUUCUUCGAGAGCUUUGUAAUUCGUCAUAGGUGGGUUUUGGUUUUUACCUCGGUUUUGUCUGCGUAUGUUGUGGUAUUUGCCGAUAUUGCACAUGUCACAUAUCAUUAUUACAAGACCCAUUGGCCUCUCAAUACCACCUAUGACGUCUUUGUGCUAUGCAUGAUUUACAUGUUUUUGCCGAUACCCUCGAUCGUUGGAGCAGCCGUACUGGCCACCUCAGUCAGUGCUUUGUACAUUGGCUACUUUAUUUUCUUUCCAGCGAGUGAACCAGAAAGCCUAGCGCGCAAUAUUAACGGCACUUACAUGAUAUCUGUCGACGUAUUCCACUACGUGGGUUUCAAUAUGAUGGGGAUAUUUUUCCGCAUCAUGAACGACAUUAUGGUGCGCGCCUCCUUCCUGGACCGCCACCAGUUCAUUAAGGAGGAGAUGUGGUUGCGUCACGCCCUGCGCCAGGAAUCAAUGUUGCUGGACAGCAUCCUGCCGCCUCAGAUAGCAAAGCCCAUCCACGAUUUCAUCAAAAACAAAAUCACCCAGUCAGAGAACGGUCCCGACCGUAUCAUUCUGGGUAGUCCCCGGAGAAGAGAAAACUUCAUGGCCAUCCAGAUCCAUCCCGACGUCUCUAUCCUUUACGCAGAUGUGGUGAACUACACCCACUUGACAACGACUCUGACGGUGGAGAAGCUAGUCAAGGUCCUGCACGACCUCUAUGGCAGAUUCGAUAUGGCUGCCUCUACUUUCAAUGUGCAGCGCAUCAAGUUCCUGGGUGACUGCUAUUAUUGUGUGUCUGGCUUGACGGAGGCUGACCCCGAUCACGCCAAAAUGGCCGUGUCCCUGGGCAUUUCCAUGAUUGCCAACCUCCAGGAGGUGCGGGCUGAACAAGACUUGGACAUCGACAUGAGAAUAGGUGUUCAUUCAGGAACCCUGUUUGCAGGUGUCAUUGGACAGGCCAAGCUGCAGUUUGACAUAUGGGGGGCUGACGUGGAAAUCGCCAAUCGUCUGGAGGCAACCGGAAAACCUGGCUAUGUUCACGUCAGUGGACGCACUCUAAGUAGCUUAGAUCCAGAAGACUACAAAAUAUUCCCGGGUACUGAAAAGGCUCAGGUGGAUCCCGUGCUGCAAAAGCAUCCGAUGAGCACCUACCUUCUAACGGGCGAGGUUAACCGUGACUCAGUCAGAUCCGUUGAUUUAGUGUCCUCCUUUUCUGACCUUGACAUUAGAACUAUUCGACCAACCCGGAAAACGCAGAUUGUCACUGCUGACGCAAUGUCCAAUGAGUUGCGUGAGGAGUUUAACAAGAUGCCAGUUGGGGGCUUACAAUUUCGUUUGCCUUGCUGCCGCCGGGAUACCAAUUCUAAUAAUGAGAAAGCUGAACACGUAUUGGGAAUAUUUUGUACAGGGUUCAAGGACUCUUCGUUGGAAUGGAAUUAUAUGCAUCAACCAGACUUCAUCUUUAAGUUCUCAAUGCUACUGGCUUGGGCUAUUGGGGGCUGCCUGAUCUUCAUCCAAAUAGUGAACAGCAAAGUUGAUUGUAAAAAAUGUAUUGUGGUCAAUCUGAUUGUGUUUUCCCUGCUGACUUCCAUGCUAUGCCUCGCAUGGUACAAGAAAGUGUGUUGGUGGCAGUUUGCAUAUGACGAGCGCAAAAAGUACAGCAAACUCAGCUGCUUGGCGUUUGAUCUGUUCGAUAGGAUCCAGCACAGUUUUGUCCUGCGCGUUACAGUCUACAUGAUUAUAAUGGUUUUGUAUUACAUGGUGAUUUCUUUGAUAUUAAUCAAAUGUGAUCAAAGUCAGUUUGAGUUGGAUAUCAUAGAGAACAAGCUGUUUCACUACGACAUGAAAAGGGAUUCCUGCUUCAAUCCGUGGGUCUUCACAAACAUGAUUACCCUGAUCCUUGGCAUGAGUUACACCUUCGCGCGUAUCCCGUUCGCCCUCAAGAUAUGCAUUAGUUGCUGUGAAACCGUAGCCUUCCUGUUGAUCGUGUUCUUCCAGUUCGCGUUCAUUUUUCAUCACAGUGCCACCACAACUCCGUAUAUGAGGGCGGAAGUAGCGCAUUGUCUUCGGGUGUGCGUGAUGUUGAUUACAAUGUAUGCGAAGGAGCGUCGGGUGGAGUUCAAUACCAAAUUAAACUACAAGCAGAACGUUGACUUGCUCAAUAAGCAAAAGGCGGCCGAUGUUACAAACCAAUCAAUCAUUAUUCUGCUCAACAACAUUCUCCCCUCUCAUGUUGUCGACCUCUAUCUCGAUUCGUUAGCCAAACACGAACUCUACUACGAAAAUUAUGAAAUGGUAUCGGUCAUGUUCGCCAUGUUAGUUAACUUUCAAAUGGAUUUGCCAAGUCUAAGGGUGCUAAACGAUAUCAUAACGGAGUUUGAUAAACUGUUAACAGCCUACAGGGAGUAUUACGUAGUUGAGAAGAUAAAAAUCGUAGGCUGCACUUAUAUGGCAGCUUGUGGAUUGGAUUUCAGCCUAACUUCAAAUUUUCAAAGCAGAUCCUUUCAAUCCGAAAUGCAACAGGUUCGCAUUCACCAAGAAGCAAAAGGUAUCAAUGGAAACCAUGAUGAGGUGGCCUUCAUAAUGACAACGUUUGCCCUGGACCUGAUGCGAAUCGUUUCCGUGUGCAACAAAGCGUACGCGGGCAGACCCUUUAAUCGGUCCUUAUCCUCUGGGGAAAUCUGCAUCGGCAUCUCAACCGGCGAGAUAAUGGCUGGAGUGGUGGGUGCUUCCCAGCCGCACUACGACAUUUGGGGAACCCCGGUAAACAUGGCCUCCCGAAUGGAAUCUACGGGGCUGCCUGGACACAUCCAAGUAACGGAGGAGUCGGCCAAUAUUCUCGAGCAGUUCGAUAUUCUGUGCAUCUACCGCGGCAUGACCUUUGUGAAAGGCCGCGGUGAAAUACCCACCUACUUUGUAGGCAUCGAUGAAAACUUAAAGUUCAUUUCCUCGAAAUUCAACAAUCGGGCUUCAAGGCGAUUUACAGUUAUGACAUCAUUGGAUUCAGAUGAAUUUAGUGAGAAUUCUGUUGAAGAAAAUAAAAGCGAAUAG